AUGGAUUCAUUCUCUGCGGGGCCGAUUGUGUAUUCAUCCCUGGAAGCUGACGAGCUCUAUGAAAGUGCCGAUGACAGUGAUGACAAAGGCGAAGCCGCAGAGGACGACGUCGAUGUGCGACACCUCGCAAGUGAUUCAACAUUGGAGAGGAUUGUGCGUCGACGUUUCGGGGUCUGGCAAUCUGGUGAAGGCAGGCAGUGCAGCAUCAUCAACGAGAUCUUUGACCGGUUGCACGUGCACUCGUACGACGUGAAGUAUGAGUCUUCGGUCCGCUGUCUGAGCUUGGACUUCUCGAUUGUCGGCAUGCGAGGCAUCUACGAGCAGCGGUCUUGCACUGACACGUCCCCAACUUGGGAGCUGUCGGCAAAGUCAGGGCAACUGGAGCAAGUCCCCAACCUGAAAGCAGCGUGGCUUUUGGACGAGGAGACUGUCCUGACGUGCUGCCACUACGAGGGAAAGGAGGCUGAGAGCUGGGUUGACGAAAAGCGGCUCGCGGAGCGAUUUGGCUCAGAGACGCUGGAGCGCAUGGGCGGAAUGGGCGUGCUGCUCGAACUGAUAGGUCUCAUCUGCGCUGAUGCCGGUGCGCCCUAUGCGACGAAGCUGCCCUUUGGCCUGCCCGAGGCCAUCGUGCGCUUGGGCGAGGCAGAAAGCUCCGGACGCUCUGGUGGCUACAGCACUGCCAUGAGCACUGCGCCACGCGACUUGCCAAAGAUGCCGACGAAGCCGUUGCCAGCCACAAGUGCUGGCCGAGUUGUGUCCGCAAAGAAUGCUGGGUUGCACUUUGUGCGGGCGCACCUCUGGUGUUGUGCGCUACGUGUUUGCUCAUGUCACCCGGGCUUGGCUCUGAUUGUUCGUGAUGCUGUGAAGCAACAUCAUGGUCGGAAUGGCCGGGGCCUCGGCUAG